AUGCUAGACGAACCACCGCCGCGUCCCGCGGAUCUGUCGUCGGGCAAGGCCACGAUGGCCAAUGGCCCCCACGCGCUGCACAGCUACGUGGCCGACACGUUCGAGGCGGCUAUCGGACGGGAGAUGCCGCAGAUGGAGGUGCGCUACCAGAACUUGAGCGUCACUGCGAAUGUCGCUGUGACAGGUGAGAUCACGGCCAAGUCGGAGCUGCCCACGGUCUUCAACACCAUCAAGCACAGUCUGGCCAAGUUCGCGUGGAACAAGCGCGUGGUGCAGAAGGAGAUCAUCAAGAACGUCAGCGGCGUCUUCAAACCAGGCACCAUUACGCUGCUGCUGGGCCAGCCGGGGUCCGGUAAGACGUCACUUAUGCGCGUACUGGCCGGCCAGUUCUCCAAGAGCGGGAACGUCAAGAUCGAGGGCGAUGUGACAUACAACGGAGUGCCCAGAGAGGAGAUUACCAAGGUGCUUCCACAAUUCUCUGCGUACGUGACGCAGUUCGACAAGCACUUCCCAACUCUAACCGUCCGCGAAACGCUGGAGUUUGCUUACGCUGUGUGCGGUGGAGGCAUGUCGAAGCACAAGGCGGAGAUGCUGAGUCACGGCACUCCGGAGCAGAAUGCUAAGGCUCUCGAAGCGGCCCGCCAAUACUUUGAGAACUUCCCUGACCUAGUCAUUGAGCAGCUUGGGCUGCAGAUCUGCCAGGACACCAUUCUUGGCAGUAACAUGGUGCGCGGCGUGUCUGGCGGCGAGCGCAAGCGUAUGACGCUCAUGGACGAGAUCAGUACGGGUCUGGACAGCGCAGCAACCUUCGACAUCAUCACGACACAGCGCAGUAUCGCCAAGUGUCUGCACAAGACGAUUGUGAUCGCGCUGCUUCAGCCUGCACCGGAAGUGUUUGAUCUGUUCGAUAACGUGAUGGUGCUGAAUCACGGUGAGAUCAUCUACCACGGACCUCGUGAGCAGGCUGUACCGUACUUUGAGACACUGGGGUUCAAGUGCCCGCCCCGACGUGAUUCUGCAGACUUUCUCUUGGAUCUCGGUACGAAGAUGCAGCUGAAGUAUCAAGUGGAGCUUCCUGCUGGGAUCACCAAGCACCUUCGACUUGCGAGCGAGUACUCGGAGCACUGGCGCCAGUCGCCAUUGUCCAGGCGGUUGAUCCAGGACAUUGAGUCUCCUCAAGACCCCGAUCUUGUGAAGGAUGUUGAAGAACACAUGAAUCUGAUGCCAGAGUUCCGUCAGAGCUUCUGGGAGAACACAAAGACUGUGACGGCGCGUCAGUGGAAGCUCACCAGUCGAAACACGUCAUUUAUCAAGUCUCGAGCGCUGAUGACUGUCGUCAUGGGCUUGAUCUACAGUAGCGUAUUCUACCAGACCGACCCGACCGACAUCCAGAUGAUGAUCGGCGUGCUGUUCCAGGCGGCCAUGUUCAUGAGCUUGGGCCAGACUGCGCAGGUGCCGACGUUUUACGCCGCUCGAGAGGUGUUCUACAAGCAGCGAUCCGCCAAUUUCUACCGCGCUGCCUCAUUUGCCAUCGCCAAUUCGUUGGCCAUGAUCCCGCAAGCUAUCGCAGAGAGUCUGGUCUUCGGUUCGCUGGUGUAUUGGAUGGCUGGACUAGUCCCUCAUGCGGGACACUUCAUCAUCUUCCUGAUAGUUCUGGUUCAAACCAACCUCGUGUACGCGUCGUGGGUUUGUCUGACUGCGAUCUGCCCCAGUUUCAACAUCGCCAAGCCCAUGUCGACCUUCACCAUCGUCAUCUUCAACCUCUUCGGUGGCUUUGUGAUGGCCAAGAACGUGAUGCCCGACUGGCUGAUCUGGGUCUACUACCUCUAUCGCGCCGCGAAGUUCGAUGUGUGCGUGUACGACGGCGUCGACUACUGCUCCGAGUAUGGCAUGAAGAUGGGUGAGUACAUGUUGAAGCAGUUCACGGUGCCGUCCAACCGCGACUGGGUCUGGACGGGCAUCAUCUACAUGAUCGGCCUCUACGUGUUCCUCAUGGCGCUUGGGGCCUUUGUGCUCGAGUACAAGCGCUACGAUGGACCAGCCACGGUAUCUCUAAGGCCCAAGCACGAGAUCGAUGACGACGAAGCAGAACGGUCCAGCAGCUACGCUCUUGCUACAACCCCCAAGCACUCGGGAACAUUUUCAGGCUCCGGUUCACCCACGCGCGAGGUUAUACUGGAUGUCCCCGCAAGACAGAAGAUGUUUGUACCGGUGACCAUUGCCUUCCAGGACUUGUGGUACUCCGUUCCAAAGUCUGGCAGUCCGAAGGAGUCGCUCGAGCUGCUUAAGGGCAUCAGUGGAUAUGCUGAACCUGGUACUUUGACUGCUCUGAUGGGGUCCUCCGGUGCUGGUAAGACGACGCUCAUGGAUGUUAUCGCUGGCCGCAAGACUGGCGGCAAGAUCACCGGAAAGAUUCUCUUGAAUGGUUACGAGGCGAACGACUUGGCUAUUCGGCGAGCCACCGGCUACUGCGAGCAAAUGGACGUGCACUCGGACGCGUCGACGAUCCGCGAGUCACUGACGUUCAGUGCGUUCCUGCGCCAGGACAGCAGCAUCCCGGACAGCAAGAAGUACGACACGGUGAACGAGUGCCUCGACUUGCUGGACAUGCACGAGAUCGCCGACAAGAUCGUGCGCGGGUGCUCGCAGGAGCAGAUGAAGCGACUGACGAUCGGCGUGGAGCUGGCUGCGCAGCCGAGUAUUCUGUUCCUGGAUGAGCCGACGAGCGGCUUGGACGCUCACUCCGCCAAGUUGAUCAUGGACGGCGUUCGGAAGGUGGCCGACAGUGGACGCACUAUUGUGUGCACGAUCCACCAACCUUCGUCGGACGUUUUCUUCCUGUUCGAUCACCUGUUGUUGCUGAAGCGCGGUGGUGAGUCUGUGUUUGUCGGUGAACUUGGCGAGAAGUGCCACAAGUUGGUGGAAUAUCUCGAGGCCAAUCCCGGUACGCCGCCGUGUCCGAAGGACCAGAACCCUGCGUCGUGGAUGCUGGAGGUUAUUGGCGCUGGAGUCAGCAGCACUGCAUCCAACACGACGGACUUUGUCAAGUGUUUCCAGGAGAGCGAGGAAAAGCGAAUCCUGGAUGGAAUGCUCGAUCGGCCUGGUAUCACCCGACCGAGCCCGGACCUUCCAGAGAUGGUAUUCGAGAAGAAGCGUGCUGCGAGUUCGUACACUCAGAUGCGGUUCCUGGUCAAGCGCUUCAACGACCGCUACUGGCGGACGCCAACCUACAACAUCACGCGGUUCGCCAUCUCUCUCGGCUUGUCGAUUCUGUUUGGCAUCGUGUACUCGGGCAAGUCGUACCAAUCCUACCAAGAAAUCAACGCGGGUGUGGCCAUGGUGUACAGAGAGUAG